AUUGAGAUCCUCGGGCCACGAGAUCAUGGCACUGGACCUGGCUGCUUCUGGGGUUGACCAGCGACAGGCCAGUUCCCUGAAGUCAAUUUCUGACUAUUUUCAGCCGCUGAUGGAGUUGAUGGCGUCCCUGAACUCGAGCCAGAGGGUGCUCCUCGUCGGGCAAAGCAUGGGCGGCCUGGCCAUCUCCCAGGCCAUGGAGAGGUUUCCUCGUAAGAUCUCUGUGGCUGUUUUCGUCACUGCCACAAUGCCCGGCCCUUCCCUCAGUGUCUCCAUCUCAAUAAUGAGGGAUCCGUUUUUCUCUUAUUGGUUCCGGUUUUCGGGUAGCUCUAUGCUCCGGAUAUCAAUCUAACUGUCCAUGACCCUCUAAUAGUCAUUGGAUCAACGGGGGAUUCAUAUUCAACCGGUAAUACAUUAUCAAAAUUAAAAUAAAAUAAU